AAAAAUAAAAAUGAAUAAAAAUAAAAGAAAAAGAAAAAGGAAAAACGUCCAGUGUCUCCGGCCAGCUACACAGGAAGACACUAGAAUCAAAUUAGGUGUAGUACUGGUCGGAGAGAUAAGCCAUGGGAAGGAGAAAAGUGGAGAUCAAACGAAUGGAGAACAAAAGCAGUCGACAAGUCACUUUUUGUAAACGACGCAAUGGUCUCAUGAAGAAAGCUCGUCAGCUCUCAAUUCUCUGUGAAUCCUCCGUCGCUAUUCUCAUAGUUUCCUCCACCGGGAAGCUCUAUAGCUCCUCCGCCGGGGAUAGCAUGGCCAAUAUUCUCAAACGUUAUGAAAUACAACAUGCUGAUGAACUUAAAACGGUGGAUUUAGCAGAAAAAAAUCGAGAUUAUCUCUCCCAUAAAGAGUUGCUAGAAAUAGUUCAAUGCAAGCUUGAAGAAGCGAAAAGUGGUAACAUAAGUGUAGAGUUCCUAAUUUCCCUGGAAGAGCAAUUCAAGAGUGCUCUGUCUGUAACUAGAGCUAGGAAGGCAGAGCUAAUGAUGGAACUUGUGAAGACCCUUCAGGAAAAGUUAACGCUCGGGUUUUAUUCGCCGUCUUGGCCACUAAGAAGUGAGAGAAGAGAAGAAGGUUUUGGCUACCCAACUUACAAAGUUACCAUCACUUAUGCUUCUAGAAGCUAA